UUCUCCUAGAUCAUAUUAACUUAGACCCUCUUCUCUUGUUAUCUAUCUUUCUUUGAUUGAACUCCAAAUAUUUGUUUUCUACUUGGGAAUCGUGAGAAAAUCAUGGAAAUUCCCGAAAUUCCUGGAUUAAAUUUUCACCCAACCGAUGACGAACUCCUCACCUAUUACUUGAAGCAAAGGAUUCUCGAUUACUUCCAGGAUCCAACUCUAUCAGUGAACAGUCAUACGAUUCCUGACAUUGAGCUUUAUAGCAUGCAUCCUAAAGAACUGCCCCGGCAAUUCAAGAGGCUAGCGAAGGUAAAGUCUAAUGGAAGGGAAUGGGUCUUCUUCUGCCUUCGCAAAGAAAAGUACCGAAACAGUAGCCGCUCUGAGAGAACCAUUCCCAACAUCGGUUACUGGAAAGUAACUAGUAAAUCCAAAAAAGUGAAAAGUGAAGUUACCCGUAAUGAAAUAGGUUGUAAGAAUAUAUUAACCUUCUACGAGCGAUGUCCUCCCAAUGGAGCCAAGACUGAGUGGAUUUUGCACGAGUAUCACCUAAAUGUGUCUUCUCUCGGCUACAAUGUUAGAGAGAUGCCCUUCGUUGUUUGCCGCUUGCAUAACAAAGGCGUCAAUUGCGAUGAAUCAACUUGUCAUGGAGAUGAAUCGACUGGUAGUGCCACAGCCGAAACUCAUGGAACUACUAAUCGGCCUUCUUCAUCUGAGGUUAUACCUGAAGAAGGAAUAUGGCAGCUCCCCGAAAUUCAGCAACUGCCUCACAACUUAUCGAACUAUGAUAACUUCUCCGGCUGGGCUCAAGAAGAUGUUUAUACCGAUGAAUCCGGUUCAUCUUUGGGUGGGUACUACACUGGCGAUGGCGACGGCUCCACCAAUUGUUCCUAUCCAUCUAACGAUGAAACAAACUAUUAUCCACCAUACCAUGGUAGAUGGGGCCCGCACUACUAUUAGCAAGGAAGAACGAAGAACGUUUAUUUUAUGCCAAGUUCAGGAUCAAUGCUAGGGGAUCAUAUAUAUAUAUCUUAUUAGAGUUGUGUCUGGCACUAUCGUGAUGAUUUAAGCGUGUGUUUAAGGGCUAAUGCUUGUAAAAAAAUUGCUUGUGAUAUUAUGUAUCGUGCGUGUUCGAAUAUACUAUAUAUAUUGAAUUAUCCAAAAAUUA